UCGCGCAAGGAUUUAUUUGGCACUCCAAACGCCAAACAGAUCGCGUUGGGUCUCCUUGCAAAGGGUCACUUGGGAAAAUCGACCCGUCUUGUGGCACUCCUGACACACUUGGAAGAUUUGUAGACUGCGGACGUUUCGCGAAAUAGGACGCGCGGACGGACAGCCGCGGUUCAUGCGUGUUCCCGUUCGCAGAAGAUACACAAAAAACGGACUGUUGCUGCAAGAACUGACACAGAGAAAUAACAAACCGUCAACUCAAAACAUGAGCUGCGCAAUGUUGCGACACGCGCUCGCUUUGCUCUUGGCGUUGCCGUGGAAAGGGCCCGGCGGCGCUCAGGCGGCCGAGUUCGGACACUUGCCCGACAACAUUACCGUGCUGGAAGGAGAAAGCGUCGUUUUGAGAUGCAAGAUAGAUGAGGAGGUCACUCACAAGGCGUGGUUGAACCGCUCCAACAUCUUAUUUACGGGCACGGAUAAGUGGUCCCUGGACUCCCGCGUCUCCCUGGUGAACAACAACAACAGCGACUUCUCCAUUAAGAUCGAGCGCGUGAUGGUGGCGGACGAGGGACCCUACACGUGCAGCUUCCAGGCCAGAAACCAGCCCCGCACGGCCCACGUCUACCUCAUCGUUCAGGUGCCUGCCCGGAUAGUGAACAUCUCGCAGGAUAAGUCCGUGAAUGAAGGCGAUGACGUCAAUCUUUUUUGCCUGGCGGUGGGAAGACCGGAGCCGACCGUCACCUGGAAGGACUUUAAAUACGGCCUCAUGAGCGAAGGCGAGUUUCUGGAAAUCACUGAAAUCAAGCGGCAUCAAGCGGAGGAAUUCGAAUGCAUCACCAACAACGGCGUGGCUCCUCCAGACACGCGGCGCGUCAAGGUCACCGUCAACUAUCCACCGGUAAUCACAGACGUAAAGAACAUGCCGGCCCAGCUGGGAAAAACUGCGAUCUUGCGCUGCGAAGCUAUGGCGGUGCCCACCGCGUCCUUCGAAUGGUACCGGGAUGACCGAAGGCCGGUAGAGAGCGACAACACGCUGAAGAUUAAAAACGAGAAAACGCGUUCCCUGCUGCUCUUCACCAACGUCACAGAAAAACACUUUGGCAACUACACCUGUUUCGCCUCCAACCGCCUCGGGGCUUCCAAUGCCAGCAUGUUACUCUUCAGGCCCGGGGCCGUGUACGGCGGAGCGGCGUCUCUGAACGGCCGUUUAUCAGGAAUCGGCCUGUGGCUCUGCCUCUCCGUCUCCGUUCUGAUGAAGGUCUAAAACUUUCCCGCUUCGGAAGGAGUCUUUAAAUACGAACCCAUCACUGUGAACAAAAAGAAAUUAUGCAUUAAUCCAGGAGCCAUCGCUACAUCACUCGGUCAUUGUUCCUUCCUCUUCCCAUUCACGCCCCCCCGGUCGCAUAUCACCGCUUCUCUCCUCCCUCCCGUCGCCAACGGCGGUCACCUUUUUAUCGUCCAAACCUGAAAUGUGAUGCAAAUGAUGUGAACGACGAGUGUAAUGCCAGUUGGGUGUCUCUUGAUGUGCGUGCUGGACAUGCUGCUUGUAAAGUCCGGGUGACCCCGUCGACGCUGUCCACCAGCCGGGGGCCGGCGGAUCCCCACGCAGAGAUCCGAGCCGAACGGCGGCGCGUUCUGACGUGCGUAGCUACUAUGAAUGAUGUCAAACCACGUGUUUUCUUUCUGGCGAGGAGGGCCGUGUCAUCUCGGGGCCCCUCGCUUGCGUUCGUUUGGGCUCUCGACCCAAAGCAAACGUCCAGCCCUCAUAUUGUCCUCAGUCUGUCCAUCGCUCAGAUCGCAAAUCAGUGUAAAUAUAUAUGCAGUAGAGGCCCCUCAUUCCAGCGGCAAAAACUACAUUUCCCAUCAGCCUCUCUGUCUCGGCCUUUUCGGCUCGGAGGAUAUUGCUGCCUUUAAGUCACGAUGGAACGAUCGUAUUUACGAGAUUUACGAGCGAAAUGUCAUUAUUAGCCGAGAGCUUCAGUUCGUACGCAUUUAGAGAGGUUUUCUUGUGUUCGGCGGAAAGCCAAAAAAGAGCGCGAAAUAUAAAAAGGAUAUAUGUAGUGUUGGAAAUUUAAGGUAUUUGGACACUUUUUGGUUGUCGAAUGUUGGUUAAUAAAAUAAAUGAACCGCAGCUGUAGACGUCACUCAUCCUCUAAAACUCAUUUUUAACGUGCAAUGAAUGCAUCGUCGCAGCUCAUAAGCAAGUACAACCUUUCGCAAUUAUUUAAAUGCGUCACUGCAACUCAUAAACGCAAGCGCAGCUUUUCUGCAUUUUUUUUUUCGAAUACAUCUUUGCAACUCUUGAGCGACACACUUUUAAACACAUAAUUGCAACUCAUUCGUGAGAGUGCAACUUUUCCAUGUUAUUUAAAUGCAUCACCGCAACUUUUCAGAAUGAUCUAAAUGCAUCAUUGCAACUUUUCAGAAUUACUUAAAUGCAUCUUCGCGACUCUUGAGUGAAACUUUCCCAAUUUGAACACAUAAUUGCAACUCAUUAGUAAGAGUGCAAUUUUGCCAUGUUAUUUAAAUGCAUCACAGCAACUUUUCAGAAUUAUUUAAAUGCACCAUUGCAAAUUAACAGAGUGCAACUUUUCUGCGUUAUUUCAAUGCAUCUUUGCAACUCUUGAGUGAAACUUUCCCAAUUUGAACACAUAAUUGCAACUCAUUAGAAAGAGUGCAACUUUUCAGAAUUAUUUAAAUGCAUCAUUGCAACUUUUCAGCAUUAUUUCAAUGCAUCUUUGCAACUCAUAAGAGUCCAGUUUUUCAUUAAUCGUGCAUCACUGCAGCUCAUAAGAGUGCAGAGCGCUUUUUACAAUUAUUCAAAAGCGUCGUUGCAACUCGUAAGUAGGAACUUUCCACACAGACUUGAAGGCAGCAGAAGUUUCUGGCAUCUCCUGGCCUGAAAUGGUUCAUUGACUUCUUGUUGCUUGUGGAUAGCAUGUACCGGUUAGAAAUGUCCCUCUUGUGACCUCACUUCCUGCACCGACCCCGUUUUAACCCCCUGCACUGUGUACAUUUUAAUCUGCAAGGUUAACUGCUAUUACUUUUUUGGUGUUAAUAAUGAUUAUAAUGACGAUGAUGAUGAUGAUGAUAAUAAUAAUAAUAAUAAUGAUGACAAUGUUAAUAAGUAUUUGAAUAAAUAUGAUAGUAAUUCCAUGUGAGAAAAAAAAAACAAAAAAAAAACGUCAGGGCUGAUCGCAAGCCAUGUGUGUGAAAAUAUUUUGUACUAAAAACCAAUUCAUCGAACGGCGAAAAGAGGAAAAAAAACAACCUUUUUUGAAGUAUCGUGCUCUGUUUUACCAUGAUUAACUUUUUUAAAGCGGAGGCGAUUUUUCGACUCGUCCGUAAAAGAGAGCAAUCGGUGAAAUGCGAGGGCGCUUACACGCUAGACGGGCCUGUUUUUGAGCAUGUGGAAAUGGCAGCAGAAACACUAAUCGAGCAAAUAUAAGCUACGGUACGAAGUGCAGUGCUGCCUUUUCGAACCGUUGCGUUUGUCCACCAUCUUUGUCACGCACCGUCCCCAUUGAGCUCAGCGCGUUUGCAUUGUAGACGCUAGCGUGUAGGCCUCCUAACGUCAUUUCAAAUGCGUACUGUAUUUUUUCCCCAUGCUGUUGAUGACUGUAAUGUAUGAUAUAUUCUGCAGUGAUGAUGUAACGCUCACGUCUGCCUCGAUGACAUAACCAAAACCCUGCGGUCACAUGCGGUCGUGUUUGCGCGACGCCGCGUUCCAUUCAGAGACUGUUGUUGGAUAUUAAAAAAAAUGCAUGCGUUUACUGCACGUAUUGUGUUUGGGAAAUGACACGCGGGUUAAGAAAAUGGCAGUUUACGGGUUUUUUUUUUUUUUUGGUCUUCUCGCAACCAAAUUGCGAUGCUAUGCAAUGCUAGCAUAGGUGUGCGGCUAACGGACAGGAGCGUUCAGCGUGUUUUAUGCAUCUUUUUUUUAAAAACAUUUUGUACAGAGCCCCGGACAUGUCAUGCAGACAAAAAUGCAUAAAUCACAGCCACGUAUUAAGAAUUUGUUUCCAUUUAAUUUAUUGCCUUUUUUAAAAACGUGGCCACGCUGUGGUAAUUUGUUCCCUCGUUUUAGUUAUUUAGUAAAUUGCGGUCAUGCUCUAGGCUAUUAUUUUUUCUCUCAUUUUAGUAUAUUGUGGCCAUGUACUACAAGUUUGUACUGCCAGUUUAUGUAGUGCCCCAUUCCAUGUAAUUAAUAUUAGCUACGUUGUAGCUACUAAUUCGUUCCCUUUUUUUAGUAAAUUGUGGCUACAGCGUACUAUUUCGUUCCUCUUUAAGCAAAUUGUGGCCAUGCCGUACUAAUUCAUAAUAUUGUUUAAUUAAAUUAAUUCAAAAACGAGGGAGCAAAUUAGCACAUGAUUUAAAGUCAGACCUUUGCAACCCAUUUUACUUCCGUAUUGUGGGCGUACCAUAGAAACUAAAUAUAAAACAGAGGGCGUGGCUUGUUUUUACUCCGAUUUGAUUGGAUAAAGUAGGCGUUCCGGCCGCCUCUUUUGGAGGGGCGUGGUUAAUGACGUCACGCCCGUCAACCGUUCAAACUGACGUCCUCAUGAGCGUUUUCAGAUUUCGCUAAACUACAACAAAGGCAGUUUUGCACUUUAUUUUUGUAUUUUUUUCUGACUCCGACCACGAAAACAGCAACGCGAGCUAAUGCAUUUCAUUUUGAUUUCACGCGGACUUGAAGUCACGGGAGCAAAUCCUCAAUUUGCGGGCGAGGGUAAACACACCAAAAAAACCUCUAACUUUUUUUGUCCGCAACGUCUACGUUAUUUUUUAAUCCCAGUGAAUUUUAUUGUACAUCCGUCUGAAUUUCCGGACUUGCGCUGGACCGCCCUUUUUUCCAAGUUAGCGCGCGGGAAAACCCAACAGUCCGAGCUGAAUGGAACGCGGCAGGCCGUUAGAUUCCACGCGCGCCUUUUUCGCCCGGUUCGGAAUCAGAUUGGCGGGAGAUAAAGACGCGAUUAGCCAGAGACUGCGCCUCGCUAAGCGUCGCGUUCUCUCCGUCCCCCAUCUGGUGAGCGGCAGAGCUCGUAAAUCAAGCUCGGUCCAGGCGCUGACAGGAUCCUCUUCAAGGACAGCUGUGCCUUUGAGUCUCGAGUCCGAUCCCCCGCAGGCUAAUUAAGCGCCACUUAAGAGCGCGCGGCGAAGAGGCUUUGACGUAAAGCGGCGGCGCGCUACUUAACGGCGCUGCUUUUUUGCGACCGUUCACAGUGACCCUGCAUGAGCGCCGACCGUUCAGUUUGCAAUGUUAAUGCUGUAUAUACUCUAAUACGAUAAUGUUCUCCCUGAAUAUGUGCUUCAUUAUUGCAUUUCCAGCCAGCAAUAACCCCCGGAAUAAAGCCCAAACCUAUUUAAAGUCCAAUUUAAAACCUGAGGGCCACUACGCUGUUAUUAAUGAAUGCGUUUCGUGCGCCGAUGAAAGACGCUGCUUAGUAAGUAGGCCGAGCAGAGGCCGCAAAGAAAGUAUUGGGAUGCUUAAAUGACACUUAACAAUAUCUGAUUUAAAUGUGCAUUAGACAUUAUGAAAACAAUGGACUAGUGAUAGAAGCCGAAAAGUGUUUGUAGCUUUGGUGAUGUCCAACAAUUCAUCGCUUCCAAAAUAAUAAUAAAAAAAUGUUUAGUUAA